AUGCGCCUCUCCACCCUCUCCCUCGGCGCGAGCCUCUCUAGCGCGGCCGUCGCUGCGAGUGCUGUGGACGACUACCUCGCCAUCUUUGAGCACGCGACAAUCACCAGUCCCGCCGGCGGCAUCGUCGACUUCUCCGGGCCCUUCAACAUCACCUGGUCCACCCCGUCCAACGCGUCGUCACCCACCGACUCGCGCUUUCGCGACCUCACCAAGGGGGCCUCCUUCUGGUUUUCAUACAACUACGAAAACAUCACAGGCUAUGACCCCUCCCUCCCCUCCGACAACACAACCAACAUUCUGAUCGACGAGGUGGCUGACUUUGACCCCUCCAACAACUUCUACGAGUGGGAGGACCCGGCGGACGCCGUCAAGUCGACGCGCGAAUCGCUCGAGGAAAAGGCGCGGUUCAUGAAGCUGAGCGACCUGCCCGGCGGCGCGCGCUGGUCCGUCACCAUCUCCUUUUCCGUCGACAACGGCACGGCGGAGGAGGAGGGUGCCGAGUACUUUGUCAAGCGCGACUCGUCCAUGUUCGACAUUGAGGGCGUGGACGGGUACGAGCCUGACCAGGAGGGCAUCGAGUGGGGGAGCGCGGCUGUCGCGCUGAGGCCGGUGGGGAUGCUUGCCGGUGCUGCUGUUGCCGCGGCCGCGAUGCUACUGCUCUAA